CUCCUGUGAGGGACUUUUAACAGCACAGUUCAAGAAUCGAGCCGGAAGAUUAGACCCAGUCAGUUAACAGCCAUGGACAGGCCAGGUGGACAAAGUAACUCUCCCUACAAACCAGGAACAUUUCAAGGCCCCCCACAACAGAUUGGCUAUCCUGCCCCUGGACCUAUUGGCUUUCCUACCUAUCAACAACCUGGUGGCUUUUCUAAUCAGCCUCAGCCUGUUAUGUCUCAGUGGGCACAAUGGACUCCAGCAUCACCACCGGUGAAUUGUCCACCUGGACUGGAAUACUUAACUCAGAUAGACCAAUUACUGAUCCAUCAGCAAGUUGAACUUCUGGAAGUAUUCACAGGCUUUGAAACCAACAACAAAUAUGUAAUUUGCAACACCUUGGGACAGAGAGUUUACUUCGCAGUGGAGGAUAAUGACUGCUGUACUCGAAACUGUUGUGGAAGCUUAAGACCCUUUAUUCUAAAGAUCCUGGACAAUGCAGGCCGGGAAGUGAUAACCUGUGACAGACCGUUGAGAUGUGCUACCUGUUGUUACCCCUGUUGCCUCCAAAAGUUGGAAAUACACUCUCCUCCUGGUGUACCCAUAGGUUAUGUUGUCCAAAAUUGGCACCCCUGUCUGCCAAAGUUUACAGUUCUAAAUGAGCACCAGCAGGAGGUGCUGAAAAUCGACGGCCCAUGUGUUCCUUGCAGGUGUUGCACGGAUGUUGACUUUGAUGUAAAAUCUCUAGAUGAACAGACAAUAGUUGGAAAAAUUACAAAGCAAUGGACAGGAUUUGUAAGAGAAGCAUUCACAGAUGCUGAUAACUUUGCAGUUCAGUUCCCAUUAGACCUCGAUGUGAAAAUGAAGGCUGUGAUGUUGGGUGCUUGCUUCCUCAUUGACUUCAUGUUUUUUGAAAAAGAUGGAGAUCGGUAAUCUUCAAGACAAGCAGUAUGGCAGUAGUUGGAUGGAUUCACCCUCAGUUUCAUUUGAAGAAAUUGUAUUGGGACAUUCGAAUUGGAAAUAUAAUGGGAUUUUUAAAAUUCAGCUUUAAAAAAGUAUACUAAUAAUGGUGGAAUCUAUACAGUAAUAACACAUUCAGCUUUAUGCCUUUUGUUUCAAAUUAUGGAAUAUGUUCUUCCUUUGUUUUCUCAUCUGUAGAAUAAGGGAGUUGAUUAAAUUACCAGUAAGCUCCCUUCCAUCUGUAGACUUAUGAUUCAUUGAUCAUAUCAGACAAAAGUCUGAUAUAUCAAAUCUGUUUUUAAUGUAGAAUGCUUGUCUUGAGGACAGGAAGCAAGUAAUGCUUGGCAUUUAGAUAAAAGUGACUACUAUAUAAAAUGGUUCUGGGUCCACAUUGUCUUUUUUUCUAUGUAAAAGUUAUUUUUUCUUAGUUUAACUUAUACCUAGUUAAAAUACAUGUAUGUAUUUCAUUUUGCAAACUCGAAUGUGAUUUGAAAACAUAUCUAAAUAAAAUAAGAUAUAAUAGCAUUUACUGACAAAUACAGAAAAAAUAUUCUUUAACCAUCUGGUGCCUAAGAUAGUGGUGCCUAAUGAAACUUAACCAUUGUGAUUGUAAUGCUCUUUUCCAAAGGGGUGAAAAUAGAAAUUGUUUUAUUUUUAUGCCUUUUAUUACAGAGAGAUAACUAUUUUUCUUGCUUAUAUAAUUAAUUAUUGGGAUCUCUUUGAGGGAAGGAGACCAGCUUUUGCCUAUUUUUGGAUCCCCAGCAUUUA